AUGAAGGACGGUACCGACCUAAGUUUCGACGCGGAGACGGUUGCGGGUGGCGGAGGGUUGUCCGGUGCAGAUCUAUUUGCAGCGGGAGUUGGAGGAGUCGGUCGAAGGUGGCGGCGCGGAUGGGUAAGGACUGAGGUGAUGAAGGUGUUGCUGACUGCAGUUGAAGGGAUCGGUCGGCGUGGGUUGCGUGGAGGUUUUGGAGCAGGUUGGGAUAUGAUUUUGCAGGGCAAUAGUGCCGUUUUUUGGAGUGUUGUGUUUGUUUUAUGGCUGCAAGGAUUGUGGACAAGGAAAGGUCAUAAUUUGACUGUUUUUUUGGCACUUAUGCAGGGGACUAGAAAUUGGGCAGCUUUGGUACAAGGCAAAGGUUGGAAGCAAAUUGAGUACGGAGUGAGAUUCCAAGACAUAAGGGCGUGA